GUUAUCGCUAUUUAAUGCAAUCAACUGGCAAUCGCAUUUCCCAACAGCUGACUAAUUACAAUAUUCGAGGAACGGGAGUAAAAAAAUAAACAAAGCUUCCUCAAUAGCCAAGUAUUUUGAUUAUAUCAGCCUGAUAAUAAAAUUAAAAUAAAUUAUGGCAUUGUGUGAAGAAAGCUCAAAAUCUGCUGAUCGCCGCAUUGCCUCCUUUGUUGUGCUGGAUUUGGAAACAAAUGAUUUACCACAUUCCUUUUCUAAAGUCGCUAUUACGGAGUUGUGUAUGUAUGGUUUUGCGGCUAGUGAAUUAGAAACACUUCCUACAAGAGAAGAAAGCAAUGACAAGCAAACAAAUCUCCCAGACCGGCCUCGAAAUUUGCAUAAGUUGACAUUGUUAUUCAAUCCAAGGCGACUGAUUCAUCCGCAUGCUGAGGAAAUUACCGGAUUAAGUAAUUACAGUCUUGAAAAGGAAAAACAUUUUGAUGAAAAUGCAGCACAUAUGAUCCUUAACUUCCUUAAACAUAUGCAACAACCAGUAUGUUUAGUUGCACAUAAUGGUGAUAUGUUUGAUUUUCCGGUAGUCAAACAAACUUUUAAUAAGUUAAAUUUGGAACUCCCCAGUGACACACUUUGCGUAGAUUCUUUACGGGCAUUUUGGAGCAUAGAUGAACAGUUAAAAUCAGUGUCCAGUGUUUCUCAAACUGAAGAGGAAGAACCGAAAUUGCUACCAUUGCAAGAUACGGAUAAUUCUCAGGAAAUUACAAAGACGAAACCAACACUUGCAGAGCAACUAGACGCCGAAGGAAAGUCCAACUGGCAAGCAAUUAACGAAACAACGCCCAUGCGCCAGCAAGGUGUUAAAAGAAAGCAUUGUGAUGAAACAACUCCAAAAAAGGCGAAGCGUGGAGUUAUACUUAAAUCUAGGCGUAAACUUUUUGAAAGCAAGCAAUGCGGAAAAUACCCGCCUAAAGGAGUUUAUAAAUUGGGAAAUAUGUAUGAACGAAUUUUUAAAGAAACUCAUAAAGAUGCUCACUACGCAGAAGCAGAUGUGGAGUCGUUGAUGCGUUUGAUGCUAACGUACGGUCAUGAUUUUCUCGCUUAUACAGAAAACCAUGCAACUCCAUUCAAGGAAAUUUGCUUAAAACGUUAAUCAGUCCAAGCUGACUGAGAAAGCUUAGAUAAAAAUCAUUAGGUAGACACUUAAAAAAAUUAAAAAGUAACCACAUUAUUUUAUUAUAUUAUGUAUUCAAGUAAAAUACCAGUGAAGCAUUUAGCUAAUAAGUAUGUUUAUUUUACAAAUUUGUACAAUAAAUAAUAAUCUAUACAUCAA